UCAACAAAUAACAAUGAGGUUAAAUAUUUUGAAUGAUGUGAAAUAAAAAAACUGAUUUAUUUUUAAGUACAAAACUUAAAAUGACUGACGAAAUUAGCCCAGAAGUUAUAAAGAAGACCCAAAAAACUUUAGGAAAACAUAUAAAAAAACCACAAUUAACAGAGAAAUUGUUAAAGAAACCACCGUUUAGAUUUUUGCAUGACGUCGUUCAUUCUGUAAUAAAUGGAACGGGAUUUUUAAAAGGUUUGUACUCUGAAGAAGAGUUAAUUUCGGAUAAUGUCACAGAAAAGGAUGCCAAGAUUGCGUUUUUGAACAAACUUAUCGAUGCAACCAAAACUUUAAGUCAAAUUAAUUUAACAGUAAAAGCUAGUAAAGUAGUAGCAGGAUUAGAACCAACAAAUACAAAUUUAUUACUUCAAGCAAUUGCUAAAGCGAUAGAUGGAAAAGUAGACAGUGACCAAUAUAUUUCUCAGAUCAAAUCCAAUAAUAAAAAUGAAAAAUCCUCGGAAAAAACUAAAAAAAGUAACAUACCAAAACCAGAGAAAUCUAAAAGUGUUACUAGAACUUCAAAUAAAGAUGAAAAAGAAUCAAGAACUUCAAAAACUAGUAAGAAAUCUUCAGUUAUUGAGACGCCAAAAUCAAGUUCUGAUACAUCUAAAAACAAUAAAGUCAAAACAUCCUCUAGGAAAGAGGAUGAGACCAAACACAAAACAGGUAGACGUGGUAGAGAAGAAACAAAAAAUACAAAAGAUGUUAAAAAAACGACCAAAACUAAAGAAAGUCAAAAAUCUAAGGAGAGCCCUAAAACUGAUGAAAGCCCAAACACUGAUUCAUCAAAGAAAGAAACCAACAACAAUGAACCUAUUGUCAGAAAUAAUAGCUUCACAGUAGAUUCUAAAAACAAAGAAGAAACUGAGGAAAAGAAAGAUAUUUCCAAAAAUGAACCCAUAAGGCGAAAUAGUUACAUUGUAGAUAAAAAUAAAGAUACAGAAUCGAAUAAAGGUAUUGAAAACCAUAAACUAAAAAACGAAAGUGAUAAUAAAAAAAAGUUAACAGAUGAAAUUGUAACUGAGAAUAUUCCAAAUUUGGGAAAUAAUCAAAAUGAAAAAAAUAAUGAAGAAGUUGAGGAGACUGUUAAAAGUUUAGUCAGGCCAAAAUCCGCGAGACCUAAAAGUGGAGAUAUGAAAAUUAAUUCCAUUUCUAAAGAAGAAAAGGUUAAUAGUGAUGAAGUAAACAAACGGUUAGAAAAGGCACCAGAAAUCCCACAACCGAAAACUUUGGCACAACCACCCCGCCCAAAAAGCUCUCUCCGCCCUCCUAGUGUUCGCCCAUCUAGUGCUCGACCUGGAGCUCCUCGUCUAAGGCCAGAUUCGGCCCUCCCUCUUCAGGAACCCAUCGCCAUGGGCAACAUUAACGUUAUUGUAGAACGAAUUGAUACAGCCACAGUGGACGAAGAAGAAACUGUUGUUAUAGAAACGGCCCCUGCUGAGCCUGAAGUUGUUCCAGAGGUCAAUGUUGAGUUGGAUAAUAAAGGACACCUAGUGGAGCAGAUUUUAGAACAGUUGGAGGAGAGUGGAGGGAAAAAAAGAACUGAAAUCGAUUGGGAUCCUGAUGUGAUUGCUCGUACGAGAGAAGGGAAUUCAAAAGAUAUUUCACAAUUAGCGGGUCUUAUACAAAACAUGACCAAAACAGCAAAUCCUUUGGGAAAACUCAUAAACUAUUUACAUGAAGACAUUGAAGCGAUGCAUAGUGAGCUGCAGUUAUGGAUUAGUGCCAAAAAACAAUUAUAUGCAGAGAUUCGAAAACAAAAACGGUCAAGUGUGGAAUCAAACAAACCACUUCUGUCCCAUCUUGAGUUACUUAAUCAGGACAUAAAGAAAUUACAACAAGAAAUCAUUCAAAUAAAUGGCAAUAUUAUAAGAAACGACACUAGAAUCAAAGAAUUAUUAUGUAAAUAGUAGUAAUAUUCACUUGUUAAGUUUAUACAAUUUAAAUUACCAUUGCACAUAAUCACAAAAGUUGACUUA